UUUCUAUUUUUCUAUUAAUUGAUAACAUAAACUCGUAAGAUUAUUACGAUUUGCAAUGGCACCGUCAAAAAUCAAUGUAAAAGAGCGCGUUUCUGAUGGAGAAAUUGACCUUAGCAUGUCAGAUUUACAAGAUGUUCCUGUUAAAGAAAUCGCAGUGUUCAAGAAGGCCACCAGCUUGGACCUAUCAAACAACCACUUGAAAACUUUGCCAGGCAACUUCGCGACACUAACCCACCUAACGAAGCUCGAUCUGAGCAAGAACCAGCUGAGCGAGCUACCGGAGGAUUUCGGGGAUUUGGUCAAGCUUAAGUAUCUUGAUUUGUACCAAAACCAACUGCAAUACCUGCCUCUGAGCUUCCACAAGUUCAAGGCUCUGAAGUGGUUGGAUUUGAAAGAUAACCCCUUGGUGCCAGCGGUCGCCAAAGUCGCAGGGCCUUGUCUGGACGCCAAACAGUGUCAGAGUUGUGCAAAGGAUGUUGUGAGUUUCUUCACUCAAGUGCAGGAGCAGAUCGCUAAUGAUUUAGAAAGUCGGCAAAAGCAACGACAGAAGCAGCUUGAAGUGAAUCAGAAACAAAUGGAUAACAACAAGAAGAGUAAAAAGAAGGAGAAGACCAAACAGAAAAAGGAAAACGGGCCUGUUAAAGAAAACCCGCCAAAGUUAGCGAACAAAAAGAAUAAAAAAGCGCCACCUUCGCCGAAGAAUACUGGAAAAGCGUCCUCUUUCAUUAAAUUGAUUUUUACGUUAUUAUUUCUUACUUUGUCGGUUCUGUUUGUGUUAACUUCUGUAAAAUAUGAACGUACGCGUACUAUUGAAAAUUCUUGUGUAGACUUGUAUUACAAGGCUGUUGAUUCUUUGUCUCCUAAUUUGAAGGUUUAUGCAACCACUGUGGGGAGUUAUGUGAGGUUUGCUCAUGACAAAACUGGGAAUGUUACACUUAAUGUUGUGAAUUAUGUUAAAAAUUCCGACAAUUUUGUAAAUGCAUAUGAUACCUGUAGUAAGUAUGUAGAUACAAUGGUCCAGAAAGUUAAAGAACAGUACAAGAAGAUUGUUUCUUGAAAGUUCAGACAUUCUUUUUGAAUAAAAACUAAAAACCAAA